UACACCAACCAACAUUUGGGUUCAACAACCUAUCAACGUUGGACUAGAGACUGCUCUGUCAACUACCAUUCUUCUUCCACUUUCUAUCUCUCACCGCCCAUUCUUCUCCAUCCACAGGAACCAUUUUCUGUGCUCUUCUAUUAAUACUACUUAAGAACUGCCCUUAAUUUCAACACACGCUUCCUCCACUGGAUUUAGUAGCUCUUUGAGUUUGUCUUUCGUUUUCAAUUACUAUGGCUGACUUGGGUCACUCCUCAGAUAAUUCUUCUAUGGAUUCUAGAGAGGAUAAUAGUAGUCAAGAUUCCAAGCUUGAAUUCUCUGAAGAUGAGGAAACCCUUAUCACUAGGAUGUAUAACCUUGUCGGUGAGAGGUGGUCUCUAAUUGCUGGGAGAAUUCCUGGAAGAACAGCAGAGGAAAUUCGGAAGUACUGGACCUCAAGAUACUCGACAAGUGAAUGAAAAAGGCCAUAACAUGGAUUGUCUUUCUCCAUCAGAGCAGCAAAAUUUUGGGGGGGGGGUUGUAGAAAAAGUUUGGUUGUUUGAAAAAUAUGCCAGUUUUCUUUUCCUAUUAUGGGUUUUAACUCAAUCGAAUGGGGCAUGUUACUGAAGCAAGCUUAAGCUAGUAACUGUACAAUGUGUUCUUCUUAUUGGUAUGACCAAGAAUGUGUGGAAUUUCAAAUCA